UAACUAAUUGAAUCCAGCAAUUAAAUCCCAAACCCCUCGUGAGUAGCGAUUUUACCGAUGGAAUCCGAUCAUUAAUGAAAGUCCGAAACCAAUCUUAUCGCGUUUGGGCGAAAUAUUCUCGGAUCCAACCUAAACCCAACCCUGUAUAAUUCCCGUACCCGGUGGGAUUUUGCUCUUCCGCUAUUCUUCGGCUCCUCUUUCUCCCGGGCCUUCGCCGCCGAUUCUUCGCCAUGGACUUUGAAGCGAACUACGAGAUCUCCCGCACGGUCGAUUUCAUACGCACCAGAAACUUCACCAAAGUCGCGUUGCAGUUUCCGGACGAGCUGUUGAAGGACUCGACGAGGGUGGCGAAAGCCCUGAGAAGCGAGCUCGGGAAGGGUGUGCGCUUGUACGUCAUGGCGGACACGGCGUACGGUAGCUGUUGUGUUGACGAGAUCGGGGCCUCGCAUGUGGACGCCGACUGUGUGGUGCAUUAUGGCCACGCGUGCAUGAGCCCAACAUCAACUCUGCCGGCUCUUUUCGUUUUUGGGAAAGCCUCUAUUGAUGUAAAUGCUUGUGCGGAGUCUCUGCGUCACUGCUUAUCCACCGCCAGCAAGCAUAUAGUGGUCCUAUAUGGAUUGGAAUAUGCACAUGCUUUGGAGAAUCUCAAAACCGUAAUGGCUGAAUUGUUGCAGUUUAGUGUGUCCAACUCUAGUGUCCACUUUGCAGAGGUUGCUUGUUCAAGUAUAAAUCCAUCAGGGGAUAAAAUGACAGAGAAGGAGCAAUUAUAUUCUCAUAAUGGUGUUUCUGAUAUUGAGGAAGUUCAUAAGUAUGCAAAUGGAAAUUCUAGUCUUAUUUCUGUUGAUUGCAAUAAAUUGGAGCCUUGUACCAAAUACAGUCUUGGUGGACUGAUAUGGAAUAUGCCAGUAGGCCACAAGAUGGAGGACUAUUUGUUGUUCUGGAUUGGUUCUGAGAACCCUGCCUUUACCAAUGUUGUGCUUACAUUCAACAAUUGUGAAAUAGUCAGGUAUGAUGCAGAGCAAAGUAACUUGCUGAAGGACUUUGCUUAUCAGAGGAGGAUUCUUAAGCGAAGAUAUUACCUUGUGGAGAAAGCAAAGGAUGCAAACAUUGUUGGAAUUUUGGUGGGCACUCUUGGUGUUGCUGGUUAUCUUCGUAUAAUUCAACAAAUGAAAGAACUGAUUGAGAGGGCUGGGAAGAAGUCCUACACACUUGUUAUGGGAAGACCAAACUCUGCCAAACUCGCCAACUUUCCUGAGUGUGAUGUUUUUGUUUAUGUCUCUUGUGCCCAAACUGCACUUUUGGAUAGCAAAGAAUUCUUGGCUCCAGUCAUCACCCCUUUUGAAGCCGUAUUAGCUUUCAGCAGAUUGCAGAGGGAACAUCCUCAUGCAAUUAUUCAAGUCCUGUGGGAUGGGACUGUCCUGGAUUUUUCCGUGGAACAGCAUACACCCCCGUCUCGCCACGUCUCAUCAGGACUUGAAUCCUUGCGGUUAUGCACUUGAUGUUUUACAUACAGUAAGAGAGUACCAAAGGAUGAGAUGGUUCAUUAGAUACCAGCAGUUACAAGGAAAGUUAACGUUCAUAAGUAUUACAGUCAGUUGCAUAUUUCUUGCAGAAGUGCAAAAGCUCUUAACCGCUUUGGCAGUUAAGUUAUAUGUAGAUGAUAUUUGUUAGUAACUGUAAAUGAGUGUUAGCUUUUUUUCUAUAUGUGGACGGAUUGGCCAGUUUUCAAUCACCUUUCUUUAAUUAUUAUGAUGUAUUUAAUUUUCUUUGAAAUCUGUAAGAAGAUCAAACAUGGCAAAUCAUAAAGCUAAUUGCUGAUUCAUGCCAGUUCUACUUUCACCAUGUUUGUUAUUUUAAACACCAUAAAAGAAUAGGUGGGUUAUUUUCUCCAUUCUGACACUUCAUUUGUUUUUCCCCGCUAAAAGGAACUUCACACAUUUCUGUGAACAUGUUUUACUGGCUUUCCUUGCUUGAAGUAAUGAAUUGCAUAAUCACGUAUAAAUAGGCAAAAUUCAAGUCGUUGGUCAUGGCCUAUCCAUGCAUAAUUGUUCAGGUCAUGUGAAUUUGUGACCCUGGAUCACUUUGGUAGUCUAGUGAUGCAAUUCUUUCCUUUUCUUUACAUAGUUACAUUAAUGAAGUUGUUAUCUGCCUAAAACAAUUUGUCAUCUUACUUAAACGAACUUGUUUUCUGCAUAAAACAAUUUGUCAUCUUUAUUUUUAAUCUAA